AUGAAAGGGAGAGACAAAGGACCGAGGAUCUAUGCAAAUCAAUUCGGGCAUGACCUCCAGGUGAAAUCUUUUUGUGUUCAGACACCGUAACGCGUUGUUUGUCUUCGCUUUCGCUUUUCUGGAGCUCAAGAAGGGGGGGUGGGAGUGGAAGGUCGAAUCAUCCCUUCCCCCCUAUGCUAAUUUCGCGCUGCAAUACCAUAAAAUUUAAUUAUGCUAUUAAUGAUGCUUUUCCAAGGUAGUGGAGGGAUUGCGGCUUCAUGACAACUAGACAGCUGGGAAGAGAAAAGAUCUGAAGGCGGAGGGAGGAAAGACGCGACCGACGACAACCCGAAAGGCAAUUCCAUUUGAAUACUACUACUUCGGAAUUGUUAUUGGAUAAUUCGCCCAAAACUGAAAACGGAAAAGCAGACGGCUCAGUCGAGUCCCGUUCCCAAGUGUGGAGCGCCGGCCCUGGCCCACGGCUCCGCGUUUCCGUGGCACCACCCCUCCGGCAAUUUUAUCGGUUAUUCAUAGACCAAGAAGGGUUACGGUAGGGGAGGGAGCGAUAAACAGAACCCGUGUCUCUUAUAUCCCCGUUUGCAGAGCCCACCUGGAGAAGGACGGCCCAGACGAGGAGGUCCCGUCUUGGCCCACAUCUGGAUCUGAUCAGCUUCAGCUCCACAUGUGGCUGCAAUUGGCAGAUAAGUGGGGUCGGGCGUUCAGGGAACUGAUUAUGGGAGUGCCAAUCAGACUUUACAGUUGGUACAGGUAAAGAAAAAGGAUUUCAAAACGGUACCCUUUUACGACGAUCAAUUACUUUUUAACUUUGAUUUUAGAUGA